AUGGAAUGGACCUCAUCCUCAACAUUAAAUAAUAUAUUUAACAAAUGGGAAGUACGUCGACAACAAACAGCCGAAAUGCUAAAUGCUAAAAGCGAAUUAUCUUUCCUAUUAUUGAAUAUUAGCAGUCUCAAACUUCAUCUUGAUGAACUGUUUGUAUUGCUUGACUCUCUGCAUGUAUCAAUUAUCGUAUUAAAUGGAACACGACACGAUGAUAAUGCAUUAAAUCGUUUCUCAAGACAUUUAUCUAAUUUCCAAACCUUUUCACAGAUAGGUACAAAUCCAUUUGGUGGUGUAAUAAUUGCUAUUCAUCGAUCAAUUCGUGUACAAAGAGUCGCCAAAUUUAAUGUUAACCAAAACCUGAUUGUCCUUGAUAUAGGCUAUUCUUCUAACUCUCUACAACUGGCAACUUGUUACUCGCCACCAAAGGAAAAAUUACCUUUAGAUCUCUUUAACGAUAUAAUACAACGGAACUCAAACACCAUCAUACUCGGUGAUCUCAAUGCUAAGCACGAGUCGUGGUCCAAUACAGCUAGAAAUCAAAAAGGUCAACUCUUACAUGAAUGGUUGAACAACAACGACUUUCAAGUCGUAAACAAAUUUAUUCCUACUUCAACUAGAUCGAAUGCGGUGAUUGAUCUCAUAUUAACACCUAUGAAUACGUUAAAUGGUAGCUUUUCUGUACUUCCAUCCAUUGGAAGUGAUCAUCGUCCGGUGUUCUGGUCAUCAACAUAUACAGUAUCAACAAAAGAUCGUGUUUUUCCGAUCAAACGGACAUACUGGACCAUUUUUCAAAUAUUCGUUACAUUCACUGCCACCUUUUGGAAUGAUCUAUCAACAACCAUGACAAAUCAAACGGAAUUUUUCUACAUCUAUGAACGUUUUCUAUCAUUAUCUUCUGCACGACUAACAUAUGUGUCUUAUUGUGAUUCUUACCGACCAUCAAUACCACCAGAAAUAGUCAAUUUAAUACGGCAUAAACAACACCACCUACGUUUAGCAAGAAAAACUAAACAUCCAUUUCAUAUUACUAAACUAAAAUUGCUGUCAAAAGAAAUACGAAAAGCUAUGUUUAUACACAAACGGAACAUGUGGAAGGAGUACUGCAAGUCGAUUAACUCUUAUGAUAUUAAACAAUUUUGGAGAAAAGCAAAUAGACACUUUUCAUCAUGCAGUCCGCCAAUACAAGGUAUUCUACAUAAUGGUAUUGUCGUCUCGACUCCAAAUACAAUGUGCAAUUUAGCAAAACAAUUUUACUCAGAACAAUUUGCUGAACACGAAAACAAGCAAACACCUAUUGAUAUAGAAGCGGACAUAGUCAACAACGAAUUAGAAAUCGAAUUACGUGAGCCACGUGGCAUUGAAUUAAAUUGUAUUAAUGUUAAAUACACAGAUAUUAAGAAAGCUGUUACAUCCCUAAUGAAUAAAAAUUCCACAGGUCUUGACGGUGUAUCAAAUAAAAUUAUUAAACUACUUCCCACACCACAUCUUACAUUCAUCACUUCCUCAUUCAACUAUUUCUUCCAAAAUAUUUACUUUCCGGAACAUUGGCUUCAAGCCAAGAUAAUACUUUUAUCUAAAACGAAAUCAUCUACAGUCGAACUAAAUGAUACUCGACCAAUAUCAUUACUUCCAUGCUUCUCAAAAUUAUAUGAGAAACUAUUUCUUGAACAUUUUCGUCAAUGGAUUACAGAUCAUGGUAUACUUCCUGAAGAACAAACAGGAUUCAGGCCGGGUCACAACAUGUACACUAGAAUUACAGCAAUUAUUGAUCAAAUUGGACAAGGACUUGCUCUUAAUACAGCAACUGCUGCUGUUUUUAUUGAUUUUAAAAGUGCGUUCAAUCAAUUGUGGAUAAAAGGUCUAUGGAUAAAACUCAAAAGACUCGAUUGUCCUUUAUAUAUCAUGGCAUGGUUAAGGAAAUAUUUAAUUGGUCGCUCGGCAUAUAUCGAAUUAGAAGGGUGUAAAUCGGAACAAUUCCCAUUAUUCAAAGGUGUACCACAAGGGUCUUGUGUUGGACCAGUUCUAUUCAUAAUCUACCACUACGAUAUAUUAAAUGCAAUAUCAAACUUACAUUUCAAGCACCUAUUUGCCGAUGACCUGGCUGUGGUUCUCUCACCAUCAGCAAACUGGUCAUCACAACUACUCAUCUCAAAUCUUGCUCAACAAAUUACAAAUGUAAUAAAAGAGCUGUAUUCAUACUCAAUCACAUGGAAGCAGCCGAUUAAUUUCAAGAAGACCUACUGGACAUUAUUUCAUAGACAAGUUUCACCAUCUAUACCGAUUAUCAAAUGUGAAAACAACAUCAUCGAACAAGUCUCCAAAAUAAAGUAUCUUGGUGUAAUACUCGAUGCCAAAUUAUCAUUUAAUCAUCAUCUCGAUUACGUCAGGUCCAAAAUUAAUAAGAAUGUUGUUGUUUACAAACGUUUAUCGAGUAGUCGUAUGCUAUCCCAGGAAGUCUCCUAUCGACUACAUUAUGCAUAUAUUCGUCCUUAUUACCAAUCUAUAUUAAAUAUUUAUCCUAUUUUAUCCUGGACGAAACAACAACAAAUGGAAGCGUUAAAUCGCAAAGUCUUCCGAAUCAUACAUAGAUGGUUCGAUGCAACGAAUGAUGAAGUUACAAAUCUUCCAAAAUAUAUAUCAAUCGAACUUCUCACAUGCAUGCACUAUACAAAAUUACUACACACAAUUAUUAGAACAAAUCCAACAAUCAUUGCUGACUUCUUCCAACACAAGCUGUACCUACUGUUUCUCAAAGAAUACUACCUAAAUCCAAUCUUACUGAAGGAAAAGCAAGCCAUGGUCUCAAGAGGUAGAACACCCGAUCGAAUUAAUGAAUUAUUAUCCUAUUGUGAACAAUCACUCUUUGAUGUUGCGUUCUGCUAUACAUCAAAUUAA